AUGCAUAUCCUUCGAGCAGCGUUCUCACAGAGACUCUGUCUAGGGCUUUUUCCCUUUCAAUCCUAAUUUCUCAAUGCCAAACUCUCCAUCAUUUCAACACUGAUAACCAAUUGUUCCCCUCAAUCAAUUUCAUUGCAAUUCCUCUGGAAGGUGCUCAGAUUGGUAUGUUUAGUUUGGAACUGUUACCUUGCAAGCUUGUACAAUUAGAUACGUAAGAUGCCACGGGAAAAGGAAAAUACAUCGGCUGCUGCUGAGCCAGUGGAAUCUGAAAAGCAAGUCGUCUCUGGUGAGAAGGUUGAUCUUGAUGAAGACAAUGAUCCUGAGGAGAACAUGGAAGAAGAAUAUGAGUAUGAAGAAGUAGAAGAAGAAGAAGAGGAAGAAAUAGAAGAGGAGGUGGAAGAAGUAGUGGAAGAGGAGGACGAGGAUGAUCAUAUUAAUGCCAAUGAAGUUGAUGCACAGAAAAGCAGUAACAGUGAUGAUGCGAAAUUUGAAGAUGAGGAUGAGAAGGAAAAGCAUGCUGAGCUUCUUGCUCUUCCUCCUCAUGGUUCUGAAGUAUACAUUGGUGGCAUUCCUCAUGAUGGUUCUGAGGAUGAAUUGAGGAGAUUUUGUGAGACAGUAGGAGAAGUUACUGAGGUUCGAAUAAUGAAAGGCAAAGAUUCAAGUGAGAACAAGGGCUUUGCAUUUGUGACCUUCAGAAAUGUAGAACUGGCAACCAAAGCUAUUGAUGAGUUAAAUAAUACUGAAUUUAAGGGUAAAAAAAUAAGAUGUUCAACAUCUCAAGCAAAGCACCGACUAUUCAUUGGUAACAUUCCUAGAAACUGGGGAUUGGAAGAUCUAAAGAAGGUUGUGUACUCGAUUGGGCCGGGAGUUACUGGUGUGGAACUGGUGAAGGAUAUGAAAAGCUCAGGUAACAACAGAGGCUUUGCUUUUAUUGAGUACCACAACCAUGCAUGUGCUGAAUACUCCAGGCAAAAGAUGAUGAACCCACAGUUCAAAUUAGGCAGUAAUGCUCCAACGGUGAGCUGGGCUGACCCAAGGAAUGCUGAUUCAUCUGGUGCCUCUCAGGUGAAGGCAGUCUAUGUGAAGAAUUUACCAAAGAAUGUAACUCAGGACCAGUUAAAGAAGCUCUUUGAGCAUCAUGGGAAAAUUACAAAAGUGGUUCUCCCACCAGCAAAGUCUGGGCAGGAAAAGAAUAGAAUUGGUUUUGUACAUUUUGUGGAGAGGUCUAGUGCCAUGAAGGCACUGAAGAACACUGAAAAAUAUGAACUUGAUGGCCAGGUUUUGGAAUGUUCUCUUGCAAAGCCACAAGCAGAUCAGAAGUCUACUGGAGGACCGGUUUCUCAGAAGCCAAGUUUACUUCAAAGUUAUCCACCUCAUAUUGGUUAUGGUUUGGCUGCGGGGGCCUAUGGUGCUCUGGGUGCUGGGUUUGGUGCUGCACCUCUUGCACAGCCUAUGAUAUAUGGAAGGGGACCAACUCCUGCAGGCAUGGCAAUGAUGCCAAUGCUUCUACCUGAUGGACGGAUUGGAUAUGUCCUGCAACAGCCAGGAGCUCAGCCACACAGUUUGCCUGCACAUCAUAGAAACAGUAGCAGGAGUAGCAGUGGGGGUGGGAACAAGAGUGGUGGCAGUUCAAGCAGGGGGAGGCACGGCAAUGAUGGAGGCCGUGGGCAAAGAUAUCGCCCAUAUUAGUGGCAUCUGUAAGACGGUUAAGUUUAUUGAUGGGAAUGUUGUACCUGCUUCUUACUAUUAAAUCCUAUAAUUGUUUGGUAUAUGGUGAUGGCAGCAUCUUAUUAUUUAAGUUCAAAGUUUUAGAAUUCUAGCAUGCAGUAUGAAUAUAAUAUAUUAUAUUAGUCCUUGUCCCA